ACGAACUUCUAAAUAUAUAUUAGCUUGUUUUACAAUUAAUUUAUUUUUGCACAAAACGACGUCAAUCAAAAUUUGGUUAUAUUAUGGUCAAAUAGUUUUUACUUGAUAUACAUAUUAUUUAAGACAAAAUUCUCAAUUGUUGAUAAUAGAUAUUUUUAUAACGAGUAAUAUAUUUUUGUGCCAUAAUCCAAAAUGGGUGUUGCAAACUAUAAUAUCUUGGUUGAAAAUCUCAAAGUUAUUGGGUAUCAAGGUAACUUGACAGAGGAGAAUGCAAUGCGUACAGCGUUAGAGUCAGGAUUGAAAAGCGUAGCAUUUGUUAAUUUAAUAGCUUGGUUAUCGAACGAAAUUAAAAUCUUAGGAGGUCUUGAAGAAAAGGUUGAACAGUGUAAGGAGGUUGAAAAUGAGGUUGAUACAUCUGGGUUCAUGAUGGAACUUAGUGCUUUCUUGAAAGAAUUGAGCUGCCCUUAUCAAUUUUUAGUUAGUGGUCCUAUGUCUGCUCGUUUACAAUCUUUGGACGCCCGCAAAUUACUUAUUGAUUAUUUGAUAUCUGAAUUGAUGUGCUUUAGAAAAGAAGAAAUCAAUAAACCUACUGAUAAACCUCAAAUAAAUUUGCAAGAAAGUACCACAGCAAACACAUUAAAAUCUAUAUUAAUAUCUUUGGGAUUUAAUAAGCCACCAGAUAAUAUAACAACUAGAAUGUUAUUUGAUAAAUUAUUAACAAAAAUGAAAGAUGUAAAGAACCAAGCAGGGCCAAAACGUAUUGGAAAAUCGCUGUUACCGUUAAAUAAACCUCUUAAUCAAAAACAGUGGGAUGAAUUAGAAAAUUUACGGAUAGAAUUGGAAGAAGAAUAUAAAUUGCGAAGAAGUAUGUUGCUAACUAGGCUUGAUGUUACUGUUCAAUCUUUCCAGUGGUCUGAACGUACAAUUGGUCACGAAGAUAAUAUUUCAAGAAUAUACACUACCAAGAGAAAUACAAUAGAUACAGAUACUUUUGAAGUAAAUCUCAGUCACCUUCUCGCUGCUAGAGAUGAUUUGGCUAUUCUUGAGAAAACAAGCAAUGCUAAUGUUAGGAAGAAUACUAAAUGUGAUAUACAAAAAGUUAUAAUUGGCAGGGUUCCUGAUAGAGGAGGACGUCCAGAUGAACAUGCUCCUCCUCCACCUGAAAUGCCCUCUUGGCAAAAAGAGAGAGCUCCUCAACCCCAAGGAGGCUUUGGAGGUGGUAGGGGUGGACAAGGUGGAGGUGGAAGAGGUGGUUUUUCACAAAAUCAGGGCCAAAAUCGUGGUUUCCAACAAAAUCAAUAUGCUGGUGGCAAUCAAGGAGGAGGGACAAGCAGAGUGCAGGGACAAUGGAACCAACAGUCAUCCAACCAGUCUAACUUGAGUGGAGGUUAUAGUAACCGUGGAGGUGGCAGUGGAGGUUCUUACAACCGUGGUGGUGGUCAUAGCCAAGAUAAUUAUAGUCAAAGCAGCAGCUAUAACCAAGGAGGUGGUGGUUACAGCCAAGGUGGUAGUUCCAACAGAGGAGGUGGAGGUGGCUAUAACCAGAGCUCUAAAAGUUACAGCCAAGGCGACAACUACAAUAAGGGGAAUGAUAAUAGCUAUAAUCGAAGUUCUACUGGCUAUAGUCAACAUAAUCAAGGAAGUUACAAUCAAAGCAAUUAUGAAAGUGACAAUCAGCAGUCAUAUAAUAAUUCUAGACGAAGUGGCGGUUAUCAACAGAAAAAUUCCUAUAAUCAAGGUAAUAACCAGCAAGGAUAUCACAAUCGCAAUAACAGAUAUUAAACACACUUAUUUGUCAUAUCU